CCACUCUGCCACUCUGCCACUGGUCGAUUCUUGGUGACUUUGACGGGGCCAGCGACGCCCGAUCUCAUCGGAAGCCUCAUCAAAACAUCCCACUUUGUGCCACUUACCCCGUAAUUACCUGUUAGUACAGGUGCCCCAGUGCCUAGGCCUAGGCCUAGUGCAAGCCGACAGACCUGCUGCAGGCUGGAAGCGCAGUUUGACCGCGCGCCUGACCCCCACUUCGCAUAUUUACGUCUACACAGAUUCGGCCCUGUCCAGGUACCACGACCAGCCCAACACGAGUCGACGGCGCAGGUGCGAGGACUCUCUCACCUGAUCCUUCUGCUUGUCAGCACCUCUGAUGGCUGAAGAUGCCGCCAGUGGUGGUUGGAGCACCAUUGAAUCCGACGAGGGCGUCUUCACCUCUCUGAUCGAACAGCUGGGAGUCAAGGAAGUGCAGGUUGAAGAACUAUUCUCACUCAACGCAGAUUGGUUCCGUGCUUUGAGUCCUGUCUACGGUGUCAUCUUCCUGUUCAAAUGGACCGGCCAGGGAUCGGAAAAUAAGGCGGCACCUCAAGAUGGCUCGUACGACCGUACCGCAGUCGAUGACGAGGGACUCUUCUUUGCUGCCCAGACAAUCCAGAACGCCUGCGGCACGCAGGCCAUACUCUCGGUGGUGUUGAACAAUGACAAGUCUGUCGAUGCCUCUUCGUCAGGCGCGGACGAGGCGGGGGAGAGAAUUGACAUCGGUCCUGCGCUACAAGAGUUCAAAGACUUUACGGCGGGCUUCGACGCAAGCCUGCGGGGAGAGACGCUCUCGAAUUCGGAAAUGAUCCGAACUGUCCACAACAGCUUCGCGAAAUCGAGCCCGUUUGUUGACGAGACUCAGCGUGACCCCAGCGCGGGAACGGAAGACGCCUUCCACUUCAUUGCCUACACCCGCUACCACGGCAAACUGUACGAACUCGACGGGCUCCAGCCCUAUCCUAUCCUUCACGGCGAGUGCACAGCCGAGGACUUCCCGGACAAGAUCGUGUCGGUUGUGCAGCGGCGGAUCUUGAGCUACCCAGAAGACGAGAUCCGCUUCAACCUCAUGGCCGUGUGCCAGGACCAGAGGAUCAAGUGGCGCCAACUCGACGAACCCAACCUGCUCCAGGAGGAGGAACGAAAGCGGGCCAAGUGGGAUUUCGAAAACGCUCUGCGGCGGCACAACUUUGUCGGGUUCACGGACGAGGUGCUCAAGGGGGUGAUGGAAAUGAAGAUCCAAGAUGGCUCCUACGAUGCCUGGGUCGAGCAGGCCAAAAAGGCGACGGCGAAGAGAUUCCAGGAGAGAAAGGGGUAGGUUGGUGUCUGAAGGCUAUGUACCUAAGUAUGGUGACAUGGUCUCUAGCGGUCCACAAUGGAAGGGGAUCAGAGGGACUGCGAUGGCCUGGAUGAAGCUGUAAUGGACAACGAGCGGAUAAUGCAGCUCAACUGCAAGUGUUAAUGCCUCACGGCCUGGUUCUUUGACCCCGUUUCUGAUCCCCGAGGACGUUGCCACACAGUAGCUAUGCCUGUCGUGACACGCGCCCAAUACCCGCGAUACACGAAGAAAAUUUGAGUCUUGGAUGCCACAGAAGGGGAGCUAGGGCGCUGAUUGGCUGGGCGGGCCUGGUGCAAAGGGCGUGCUCUGAUUGGCCGG